AAUCGCGUUCAUAACGUUGAGUUGUAAACAACAGAAACGGAAGGAAAAUAUUCACAAACAUGUUGAAAAAGCUUCAAUAGACAAAGUGAAAAUGAAAGUUGUAGCAAAUUAUUGAAUGUAAUUUAAUUAGAAGAGAAUCCUAUCAAGUUCUUCGCACGAAGCCAACAUUUUUCACAUUAUACAUUGAAAUUUCAUUAGGAAAGUUUGAUUUAGUCAAGCAUGGAAGUGCAAACGGGUGCUGUGAAAACAGGAGGAUAUCGGUACAAUGAUGGAACGUGUUACAUCGGAGAUUGGAAUCAAAAAGGACAGAAACAUGGAAUGGGCCAUUUAUUACUGCCGGAUGGCGUACGAUAUGAUGGAGCAUUUCUUAAUGGUGUUUGCAGUGGCUUGGGCAUCAUGAACUUUCCCGACGGAUCAAAAUAUGAAGGAGAAUUCAUGCAGGGGUGGUUUCAUGGGAUUGGAAUCUUUUUUCGUUCGGAUGGAAUGAAAUACGAGGGAGAAUUUAGAGGCGGAAGGAUAUGGGGGCUUGGCCUUGUAACAUUUAACGAUCUUACGAAUGGAUUUCCAAGGAAUGAAGGAUUUUUUCAGGACUGCAAACUGAUAAGGAAAAAGAACUGCCCCGACAUUAUACAACGUGCCCAAAAGAUAGCGUUGAUGGCUAGAAUACAAUGUGAACAACCCAACUAAUCGACUUAAAAUUAUUCCUGCUUAGUCCAUUUCAAAUUCAAUUCUCACGUUUGUAAAUGAAAUAAAAGUUAGAUGUGGGAAGAUAAAAAACAGAUAUCCUUUCAAGAAAUCUGCUUUUGAAGAAAACUUUAUGUUUGGAAAUCCACUUUUUCAAGGCAUUAAACUCUUAUUGGGAACAAUCAUGCCC